AUGAUGCCUAGUAUCAUCUGUGGCUUGUCACUGCAUUCCUUGCCUCCUGAUGGAGAGGGUAUUUCACUUGAGUUAUGGUGGCCUAAAGGGGGCGGGGGUGCUUCAUAUUGGUUGGGGCCAUUGGAAGAGCGUGUUUGUAGCACCGGUGGUGAAUCAGGUGGUGAUAGACCUGGGGGUGGCAGAGAACCUGCUGGUGGUGGUGAAUUAUGUGGUGAUGGACCUGAGGGCGGCGGUGAAUCUUUGGGUGGUGAUGGACCUGGGGCCGGUGAAUCUGGUGGUGGUGUUGAAUCUGCUGGUGGUGGUGGUGGUGAUGAGGUGUAG